AAUGCAUCACACAUUAUUGUUGUUGUUUACGUUUGUUAUUUCAAUCAGACUUGACUUGUUACGUGUGGUCUGUUCUCGAUAAUUGUUGAUUUAUUCUUUGAGGACAACCUGUCGAGAGAGUAAGAACUCCGUUCAAUAAAACCGUUCGAACAUAUUUGGGCGGUAAAAUAAAUUUGCUAUUUGAUGUGGUUCAAAGAAAGGUUAAAGUGAAAUUACUCAACAUUAAUUUGAUGUGAUACGUUCCCUGAAUCAUGAACAGAAAGCUGGAUGCAUAUCUACUCUCGAAAAGUUUAAUAACAAUUGGUUCCGGCAAGCUUGCUAAAACAUUCGGAAAUGGUAUCAAGAAGUCAACAUCAUCGGUAAAGCAACAUUCACCGCAACGCAAAUCAGGUGAAAUCUUUCGCUGCGAAAAUGGCAAAUUUUCAUUUUCAUGCACAAUCUGUGAUGCGGUUUGUGAAACUUGUCCGGGUAUCGUGGAUCACAUUAAUUCUCAUUUUGAGCAGACUUUGGGUACCGUUGCAGAUAUCGGAAUGUCUGAUUCGCCAUUAUUAGCUCAACCUGAAUUUAUUUCUACUGGUGAACUCAAAUCUGAAGUGGACGUCAUAGAACCACCAAAUACUUCCAAUGGUAUUUCGCACAAGGUUCGCAAUAUGAAAUUCCAGCCGAAAUUUACAAAUGGAUCCAGUUGCUCAAAAAGUAUUAAACAAACGGAUGAAUCAAAUCCAACCACACGAGUCGUCAGAAUAAUUAAGCGAAAGCGUAAGGAAAUUAGGGACGCUGCAGGUGAAGUAUUGAACUCAGCAGUAACAACUAAACUCGUUCAACGAGGUGAAAUCAGUGAAACCAAAUACAGUGUCGAUGAAGAAUUGAAUUCAGAACCAUCGACAAAAAUCAUCCGAAUUAUCAAACGAAAACGUAGCAAUUUCGAGGACGUUGUGGACGAAGAAUCGAAAUCAGCUCCAACUAUGAAAGUUGUUCACCGAGGACCCAGCGAAAUCAGGUGCACCGGGAAUGAAGAAUCUAACUCAGCUCCUGCCACAAAAAUCGUCAGAAUAGUUAAAAGAAAACGUAGUGAAAAAGGUCACGUUGCGGGUAAAGAUUCAGUCGCAGCUCCAGCAAUAACGAUCACCGAACAAAAAUGUGACGAAAUCAAACACAAUGCCGAUGGAGAAUCUGAUUCAGUUCAAAUGACACUUCCUGCAGAUGAAGACUCAAGUUCAGUGCCAACAAAUAAAAUCGUCAAAGUUGUGAAGCUUAAACGGAUAAAUUUUCUUCCUGGCUCUAAGGCAUGUACAAAAAGCAAAGUAUUAGGCAGUGCUGCAUCAAAAAGUGUUUCACAAAUACCCGAGGACCUCGAAAAAAUGGAAACUUUAACUGAACUUAACAUAGCGGCUGUUGAUACCAAAUCUAAUGAAAGUGCUCUCAACGACACACCAAACCUCAACGAAGCCGACAGACCAGCCCCCAUUCGGUCGAAAAAUCGAUCCUGUUGUUAUCAGUGCGAAAUGGAACCAAGAAUUUAUGAGCCAUCCGAUCCUAGGCGGCACAUUUGCCUCUUUUGUCCGAUUUGGUUUCCCAAUCAUAUUGAUUUCGAGAAUCACGUUCAGACAGUACACAGCAAGGAUCCGAAUUACGUGGUGUGUAAGGAAUUCUAUUGCUAUGUUUGUGAAAAACGUUUCGAUUUUCGAGCAUAUUUGAGCGGACAUAUGAAAAUGCACAAGGAAACGGCCGACUUUCUAUGUGCCACUUGCGGGAGUAGCUUUAAGACGAAAAGCCGAUUAACGGAACACAUGAAAAAACACGAAGAUCAAACUUACAUAUGUGACGAGUGUGGCAAAGUAUUCAAACAAUUCGCUCGACUGAGGAAACAUCUAUGGUGCCAUAAUACCAAUUUAUCGUUUGUCUGUGACAUUUGCACGAAAGCAUUCAAAAUGAAACGGUAUUUGGAUCUGCAUAUGGCCGUACACAAAGAAGCAACAAUUAAUUGUAGAUACUGUGAUGCUACGUUUCAUUUUAAUUCGGUGCGAAGAGCACAUGAAAAGAGUCGACACAGUGUGAUUUAGAUUUAGGCUGUAAAUACAAAAUGUUCGUAUGAAUACAA